UGGUUUGGAAAAAAAUAAGUAUAUUAUACACCAAUAUACUUUUAUUCUUUGUUGCAUACAAUAGAAGGGAGUUGUAGGCGCAGAUUACAAAUGUAUAAAGUUAUGAAGUAUUAAUUGACAUCUUUUAACUAUAAUACGAAGAAAUGGCUUCUUCACAAAAUAUAAAAAUAAAAAUUGAAGAUGUAUGUCGCACUUGUUUGUCUAAGGAAAAUGAACUGCAUUCAGUGUUUGAAGUGUCUGUCGGUGCCGUUUCUCUUCAAUGUGUGAUCAGUGAAACAACAGGCAUACAUGUGAAUAGGUAUGAUGGAUUACCAACAACUAUUUGUAAUCUAUGCAAAGAAAAAGCUUCUAAAGCCUAUGAAUUCAGAAAACAAUCACAAGAUGCCAACAUAACUAUCCAAAACUAUUAUAACAAAGAAAAACAUGAAAAUUCUGGCUCUCAGUCUAAUGCUAAUAUCAAAACAGAGCAUCCUUCAAUAGAUGAUAAUGAUUAUGUAGAUUGGAUGGAACUAGAUGAUUAUAACGAUCUUGAGCCAGUCAAGAAUGAAGAUGUAGAAACUUCAUCACAUAAUCAAUGUAAAAAUUGUGGUUUGAGUUUUCAAAACAGCACAAAAUUACAGGAACAUUUGGCAAAAAAAUGUUUAAAAGUGGAAAUAGAGGAUGCAGCCACCAAUUACUGUCCAUUAUGUGGUACUAGUUACAAUGAUGCUGUUAAUUUAACAGCUCACAUGUGGGAAAGUCAUGCUGAAAUGAUGGGACCAAAGAAAAGAGGGAGACCUAAAAAAGUUUUGACAACAACUAUAUUAACAAAAUUAUCAGAAAACGGUUUUCGUCUUAAAGCUCUAUCAGUUGAAAAAAAUGAAUGUAUAAUUUGUGAAGAGCAAUAUAAAACCAAAGAAGACUUGGGAAAGCAUUUUAUGGAUCAUAAAGAUACGAAAGUGUUAUGUUGUUUAUUGUGCAAGAAGAUGUAUUUAAAAAGAAAGAAUUUCAAUCUACACGCAUGUGGGGAUAACGAUAAAGGAAAUAUAAAGAAAGAAGGUGUCACAACUGAUAAUAAACAGAAUGUAACUGAAAUAGUUUUAGAAGAAUUGUUGGAACUUAAUGGAAUCACGGUUUGUGAAGCGUGCACAUGCGUGUUCACUUCAGAAGGGGAUCUGAUGACCCAUAAUGAUGUAGAACAUCCAGAACGCUCACUGCGAUGUAAUCUAUGUUUGAAGGUGUUCGCUUCAGUGAAAUCAGCUGCGCGUCAUCGAAGUAUUUGUAAAGAGAUUGAAAGAAAACAUAAAUGCAACACGUGCGGUCUCAAAUUCGCAUAUGAAAUUUCAUUGAACAAGCACAUACUUAGGUAUCAUGAGGGUCAAAGCGUAUCUGUUAAAUUCAUGGACACCAAGACUAAAGACGAAGGGAAACAAUACCAGUGUGACAUAUGUACUAAACAAUUUUCUAGGAAGGAACUCCUCGCCAAACACACUAGAAUGCAUUCAGAGAAACUUCACGAAUGUGAUGUAUGUAAAAAGAAAUUUAAUAGAAGCGAUAAUUUACGUUCACAUAAGCGCACACACGACCCUCGUGACAAAGCCAAAGUGAACACUUGCCUUUGCCUGUACUGUGGUCGUAGUUUCAAUAAUUCCUCCAAUCUCAUCGUGCACAUGCGUAGGCACACCGGUGAGAAACCCUAUAAGUGUGACUUCUGUGGGAAAGGAUUCCCACGAUCAUCUGAUCUUCAAUGUCAUCGUAGAUCUCACACGGGCGAGAAACCAUGUGUUUGUCGAGUCUGUGGAAAAGGGUUCUCUCGCAGUAAUAAAUUGUCGCGUCACAUGCGUGUCCACACUGGCUUAAAACCUUAUAAGUGCACCUACUGUGAGAAAGCAUUUUCUCAGAGCAAUGAUCUCACGCUACACAUUCGUCGUCACACCGGAGACAAACCCUAUAUUUGCGAAGUCUGUGGCGAUAGGUUUAUUCAGGGGACAGCACUACACAAUCACAGAAGAACACACGGUCAUUUUCCGCCAUCAUCAUCCGAUACUCAAACGCAAGGACCACCCAUUGCCUACACUGUACAAAGUAUUACUCAUCAAAAUACUGCCCAGUAGUUGAUGUAAUUAUAUAUAAAUCAAUGACAAUUU